AUGCCGUACUAUCAGUUGGAUGAAUUGACCCGAUUUAUUGCCAAGGUUGGAUUCAUUUUCACUUCCCUUCUGGUGCUCCUGUUCAUCUUUCUAACUAUAUAUUUUGUGAAACGGGACUUUGGAUCUUACCGUAACUUGUUGAUCGCUUUCUCGAUCCUUGGAUUCUCGUUCUCCUCUUCUGAAUACAUUGUUCAUCCGAUGAUUCACAGCUACAGUGCGGGAUUUGUGUUUUUCACCAACCCUCAAACCUCCAUAGUCUCCAAUGAUGUCAUGAAAAUUGGUCUCGUUUUCUUCUGUGGAAUUUAUGGAUCUACAGUAUGUUUCAUCGCAGUACAAUUCAUGUACAGAUACUGGGCACUUUUUGAUGCUCCUAAAAUCAAAUGGUUCGAGAGCUGGAGAAUCCUACUGUGGUGUUGCUACAGUCUCAGCAUUGGAAUCCUCUGGGCAGGCGGUAUCCAUUGGUUUCUGGAGAUUGACGACUUCUCAAUUGACUAUUUCCAACAAGGUGUUCGUCAAAUAUAUGGCCUUGAGCUCUCUUCGAUUCCCGGUUUCACUUCUGUCAUCUAUACGAGAAAAGGAGACGUAAGAUGGAGAAAUUUGAUGUGCACCAUUGAAAUGACAAUGAUCAUCGGGAUGCAGUACAUGAUUAUUUGUUUCUGUGGGAGGAAGAUGAGUACCGGAAUGAAGGAGAAGAUUUCGAUGUUGUCAGAAACCAGCCGAAGACUUCAUACACAGUUUUUCAAGUCUUUGGUUUUGCAGAUCGUCGUUCCAACGUUUCUACUAUUUCUCCCCAUGAUCAUCAUAAUCUAUCUCCCAUUAUUCAACCUGGAAUUCAGUUUCCCAACUGGAAUCCUCUUCAGUGCAUUUGCCAUCUAUCCAGCCAUUGAUAUCGCAAUCAUCCUUUACAUUGUUUGUGACUAUCGAAACGCCAUAAAAUAUGUUCUUGAAUCGAUGAAGUCAGUUUGCAUGUCCGGUGGUUAUUCCUCUCAAGAAGUCUCUUUCCCCAUUUGCACUACGAAUAAUCAGAUGGUCUACCCACAUCACACAACUGGAGUUUAG